GUCCCUUUAACAGAUCCACCAGCAGAACGUUUGUCGUUUUAUGGUUGCCACCCUGGCGCGCUUAUCACUGUCCUCUCCGGUUCACCCUUCAUUCCGCCACUGUCUGUCUGCACGGUCUGUCCGGGAGAAAGUCUGGUGUGUGUGCUGUACGAAUAGUAGGAGUGCAGAAGCGCUUCAGAGACUGGGCAAAGAGUACAGAGGGUAUGCAGCAGUUUGAACGAACACCUCCCCGACGCGCGUAGAAAACUGACACUUGUUCGCCACGUUGGAAGGACUGCUCGGUAUCAUGAAGAAAAACAGUCCGGCCAAGGUACCGGCCCCAGCUGAAGUCAACAUGUCAGACUACGAGGUGUCUGUGCAACAGCUUAACGAUCUCCUCUCAGAUGGAAAUGGCUUUUACUUCCUGCCAACCCAGCAUUUCAACGAGGUUUAUCCCAGGAUUUACGUGGGCAACGCGUUCGUGGCGCAGAACGUGAUGCGGCUGCAGAAGCUGGGCGUGACGCACAUCCUCAACGCCGCCGAGGGCAACUCCUUCAUGCACGUCAACACCAGCGCCGAGUUCUACGCCGGGUCGGGGAUGGCCUACCGCGGCAUGCAGGCCAGCGACACCGACCACUUCGACCUCAGCGUCUUCUUCGAGGAGGCGGCCGACUUCAUCGAGAAGGCGCUGGCGCACAAGGACGGAAAGGGGAAGGUGUAUGUGCACUGUCGGGAGGGAUACAGCCGUUCCCCCACCCUGGUCAUCGCCUACCUCAUGCUCCGACACGGGAUGGACGUGCGGACGGCGCUGGCCGUGGUGCGGCAGAAGAGGGAGAUCGGGCCCAACGACGGCUUCCUGCGCCAGCUGUGCCAACUGAACGAGCGGCUCGUCAGGGAGGGCAAGAUCCGGCCCAAGUGAAUGUAAAGGGUAGGAGAGCUCUCGUUGCAGCACCGCUGACAGAGCAGAACAGACCAGGGGGUGUUAUUCAUCCGGCUCUCCCUCCCUGUUUAAUGAGGACAUUAGGGACCUGGUGGAGAACGUGCUAGAAGCCUAGCGUUCGUGUGAUUCUCUGUCCCUGGCCUGUUGCCGUGUCAAUGCCCAUCGCAUUCUACAUCAUAGCUCUGAAGCUUCAGGGCCAUUUUUAACGUAGAGGAGAGAGUGACAGAUGAGAGCUGCUUAUGUUUUUUGUUCAUUUUUUAUUUCUGUGUGUACCCAUAAAACAUCAUUUUAGUGCAAGAUGAGCACAUCUGUGCUACAUAUUUCUAGCAAAAAUUGCCUCUCUAUGAAAGAAUCUAACAUACUGAAAGAUGUACUUCAGAACACUGCUGCUUUAUCACAAGGUGCAGAAUCUCGCAUCAUAACCCUCGCUCACAUACUUCCUGUUCCAUGGGUUGUGUCCUCGUCUCUAGGUGCUCAAGAGAUAAUAAAAUAUAGAUACAAAUAACUUUUAUGCUAAAAAAAAAAACAUAACUUUUAUUUUCCAUUUUUCCAUCUAUGCCCUCUGAAUGAAACGGGGUACUCGAUUAAAAGAGGAUUUCCCUGAGCGAAGCACCAAAAUUUACCGAGUCAGACUUGCUCGACGGGCUCUUUAGAACGACCCUGAUCUGAUCUGUAAACGGGCGAGGUCCACACCCCGUUAUUCUGCAUCCGCGCACUGUUCUUUCGCUGUUCAUCUACAAGGCAGCGCUGUGGAGUUUAAUGUAAAUUAGGAAAUAUUAAAUGGAAGACAAUUACAUAUAAAGUGAAGGACAUCCACAGUGAACAUUCCACUGACAUUCCUGGAGAAAGAAAGGGUUUCUGUAACUGGGUCUGCCGUAGUCACUCAUUUCUAUUUUGUGAUCACUCAAGCAGACACAUCACUUACUCUGACUGGCGAGCACUAACCACACAAAGAUGCUCUGUGAUUUUCACGCUCGUGUAUGCACAUCCUCUGGUCACGUGACCCAGUCUGAUAUGUUCUGCUCUGUGCCUGUUCUGAUUUGUGCCAUCCUUACCUGUGACAGCACAGCUGUUUCAAACCUUAAAAACCGCAGUUAGACACUUAGACACUGAAUUACACAGGCAAAAGGACAACCCGUUAAAUCACUGCAAAAGCAAAAUGUGGUCCCCUGCAUUGAUAUUGAAUACAUAUUUAGAAGUCUUGGGGUUGGGGGUAGGGGGUGUGUGGGUAGGUUUGGGUGGGCGUAGUUUUAGCACUGCCAUCUUAAAGGAUUUUUACUCUCUGCCGCAAUGUUUUAUUUACUGUAAUCUUUAUAAUUUAUUGUAUUCAAAAACAAUAAUCAUAGUAUUUGAACAUGUGUGUAUUAUUAUUGAUUCUUGUAUGCAAGCGUGUGGAAGCCUCAAGCCUGCCUGACUGCUGCUGAUAUGUCAUGUGUAUAGUAGUGUGAAAUGAAGUGCUUAAGUUUAAAAGUCCAGAAUACUGCAAAUGUUGCUUUACUCUGUUGGUAUAUUAAAGAGUGGCUUGUUGCUUGACUGGUA